AUGAGUUCACUCUUUAAUCGCUCAAGAAAUAAGGUUGUAUUCCUUACGCUGGCCUGUCUGCUCGUUUUGGGUGUCAUGUUCAUGGUUCCUAGACAACCGAACGUUGGGAGCCAUGAGAUCAAGCAUUUGACAAAUUCAGAGAUCGGAAAAGCCUCUGGCCGUAGCAACAACCCAGGUACCGAACCAGACUCUAAAUUCGUUCUCGAAAGCAAUCAACCAGGAUCUAUAGUUCCACAAGAGAUCAUCAGUCCGAAAAAGGAAGAACAAGAGAUAGAGGAUCGCGAGGAGAUCAAGGCAAUUUCAAAGGAGGUAUCGAAACUGGAUAAUGAAGGCGCAGGCUCGGCGGAGGUGAACAAAGAAAAUAGUCACUUAAACGACAAGUUGGAGAAGGUGAGCGUUGCAAGUGAUACAAAGGGCAGAGUAGUUGUGAAAGAAGGGGAAACAAAUGCCGUCGAUGAGCACGUAAAGGUGUUCGAUGAGCCCGUUUCAAAAAAGGAAGAGCCUGAGGGAAAGCCACUGCUGGCCUACGAAAAAUCUGAGGAUACCUCAUUUACGUCAGAAAGAAGUCACAAUUUGAAUGAUCGUAACAAAGAAUAUCAAGCAGGCUCAAAGCCCAAGUCGCAGCCGGAACCUGCCAAGAAACAGACUAAGGCAAAUUCGAGGAGGCCUAAAAAUUUGGGCAAAAUUAGCGACAACAGGGUUUUAGGCACCGAAGAUGGCCCGCCAAGCUCAAAAAGAUUGGCUCAAAGAUCGAGAUGA